CCCCAGUGUCCCUGCUGGACUGGUAUGAUUUCCAACAGGAGCUGAUUCUUGUGCUUGAGAGGCCAAUGCCCGCUGAAGACCUCUCAAACUACAUAGUAAAAAAUGGUUCCCUCGAGGAAGAGGAGGCAAAAGUUAUCCUUAAACAACUGGUUGAUGCAGCAAUACACCUUAAAGAGAAAAGCAUCUUCCACAGAGACAUCAAAGUAGAAAAUAUCCUGAUCGAGACCAGCACAGACGUCCCACGAGUUCGACUCAUAGACUUUGGAUUGAGUUGCUUUGUCAAGACAAAAUCCAGAUAUAGAGUCUUUUAUGGUACCAGUGCUCACGUCCCUCCUGAAUGGCUGAACUCUCAUUCAUACACUGCUGGACCUACAACAGUGUGGCAGAUGGGAGUGGUCCUCUUUGAAACCCUCCACAAGAAAGAAUUUACAUCCACCAGAUUUGUUAGUAAGAGGCUCAGGAUAAGCAAAAGGCUGUCUCAAGACUGCCAGGACUUCUUGGAGCAGUGUUUAACUCACCAUCCUGAGCAGCGUCCCACACUGGAGCAGCUUCAACGCCUCUUAUCCCCCUUCCUGAUGGCUACAAUUACUCUGUGUGAGCCUUUGGAGCUCUACAAUCUCCUCAACCAGUUCAGGUCAGUGCCGAGGCUGGCAGAGAUCAACUACCUCUGUUUGAUUGAUGCACGGGAAACCCAAGAUUACCGCACAAGUCAUAUCAUAACAGCUAAAACUGUCAAAACGGAUUCCGAUGGAAAGUUCCACCUUCCAGAAGUGGUGGAGGUGAACACUAUGCAGUAUGUGGUGGUAUAUGACAGCAAGACAAGUAGUUUAGAUGAACCAGGAAGAGCAGUUGACUGCGCCAAUGUCCUGGCCAAGGCCAGUCUCAGCCCAGUCCACGUAGUAAAGGGAGGCUUCCAGAGGUUCUCGGCUCUGUACCCCUUCUUAAGGACUGCGAAGAUUCUUUAUACCAUCACGGAUCUUGAAAACCUGAAGAUCUAUCCAGUGGAAACAAUAACGGGAUUGCUGUAUAUGGGGGACCAGAAGCAAAGUAUGGACACAAGUAUCCUGAAAGACUUGAAAAUCAGCGCCGUCGUCACCAUCUCACACCUUCCACAGACUGACUCCCUGGAAUCCAUGGGGAUCAACCACCUCAACAUAGCUUUGUCGGACUCCCUGGAGUCUGACUUAUACUCAAGUUUUCAAAAGAUUUGCAGUUUUAUUGGUCUGCACGUCAGGGCCAGAUCGCGUGUCCUGAUCAGUUCCAGGCAGGGCAGAAGCCGCUGCAGUGCCGUGACCAUUGCCUUCCUCAUGCACAAUUUCAAAUACACUUUGGAGACAUCCUGGAAAUACAUGCUGAAAUGCAAACCCACCAUGAUGCCUAACAGGGGAUUUAUGCAGCAGCUAUCAGACUGGGAGCUUCACAUCUUGGGAAGGAAACGGACAGAUCUCUCCAAGUGGAGUUACUAACAAAAGAAACAACAGUUUGGAUGCUAAAUCAAGUUCACCUGUUGAAACAAAGAUGUUAAUAAAACUGCAA